AUGCAUUGUCUUCCGAAGUCGAGGCUUACAAGAAUUCUUUGUUUAUUUCUCAAACAACAAUGGAGACACAUAAGAGGCAAGGACAACAAAAAUAAACACACAAUCAAUGACUUGACAGAUGAUGUUCUCCUUCACAUACUAUCUUUUUUGAAAGCCAAAGAGGCAGUCCAAACUUGCAUUUUGUCCAAAAGAUGGAUCAAUCUCUGGAAAAUUCUACCCACUCUUACAUUAAGUUCUUCACACUUUAGAACCUCCGACAGUUUUGAAGAAUUCGUUUCUCAGAUUUUGUCUCUUCGUGAUGGCUCAAUCACUAUCCGUGUUCUUGACUUUCAGCGCAAUUAUUGUAUGGAGCAUAGCCUACUCCAAAGGAUUAUUAAAUACGUUGUUUCACACAAUGUCCAGCACUUGAUAAUGGAUUUCCCCUGUGAUAUUAAUCAUUUUCCAUCAUGCUUCUUUUCAUGUCAAACUUUAACGUCUCUUAAUCUUUCUGGUUUCCAUAUAUUGUUUGGUCACAAACUCAUAUUUCCAAAUUUUUUGAAUUUACCAGCAUUAACAAGCUUGUCUCUGAAGUAUUUUGCCUUUCAGCGCGGUGAUGAUAAUGUUUGUGUCGAGCCAUUUUCAACAUUUAAAAUGUUGAAUAGUUUGAUCAUUGAUUGUUGUAUAGUUAUGGAUGCACAAAACCUUUGCAUAUCAAGUACCAAACUUGUUAGUUUUACUAUCCUUAUGUGUGAUUGUGAUCUUGAGACCUAUAUCGGAACUUAUUUUGAACUCGAGCUAUAUGCUCCAUGUCUUCAUACCUUUUCUUUUACGGGUCUUUAUAUUCCAAAACUUUUUGGGAGCAAGAGCUUUCUUUAUUCCAUCAAACAUCUAAAUAUUCAUUUAUGGUGUUAUUGGAACUUGAAGUCGGCGGAAACUUCACCACUUCUACUCAAUUGGCUAGUUGAGCUUGCUAAUAUCGAAUCACUGACAGUGUCUUCAAAUACUCUUGAGGUUCUUUCCUUGGUUCCUGAUUUAUUGAACGUUGAACUCUCUUACUUGUGUAACUUGAAGUCAUUGAAAAUAAAAACAUACCUAUCUUCAUCAAUACCUGACGGAAUGAUAGACUUAUUGAUUCAAAACUCACCAUCGGCAAAGGUUGAUAUCUUACAAGAUAUUAUAAGGUGA